AUGGCGGCCGGCGAGCCUGAAGGGGUCCGAUGGGUGGUCCUCUUCUGCAUGUUUUGCCUGGGCCUGGCGCAAGCCACGGGCUGGAUGACCUACUCCGCCAACCCGGACAUCUCCUCGCAGUACUACGGCUUUACGGACCCUAAGGCGUCCAUUGACAUGCUGCUGAACUGGGGGCCCCUCAUGUAUCUGCCGGUGGCGCCGGUGGUGGGGUGGGUCGUCGCCAAGUAUGCGGACAGCCUGUGGGGUGUCGUCCUGUCGGGAGCCGUGCUUACAAGCGCCGGCCUGGUUUUGAGGUUGGUGCCCAGCCUUCUCGCCAUGGACCCCACCUGCUGGGCGGCCCAUGCGCUGAUUCACACGGGCCAGGCUUUGAACGGCAUGGCCGGGCCCAUGAACUGUGUGACGCCCUCCGCCCUCGCGGCGCUGUGGUUUCCCUCGCACCAGCGCGCAUUUGCCACCUCAGUGGUCUACGGCAUCCAGAUGGCCGGUCCCUCCGUGGGCUUCCUGCUGGCCUUCUCGGUGCGGAACAGCCAGCAGCUGAUAUUCCUUAUGGAGAUGGAGGCCCUCUUCAGCCUCUUGGUCUUGGCCGCCUGGGGCUGCCUGCCCCGAAAGCCCAAGCACCCACCCUCGCUGAGCCAAGAGCUACGGAGCCGCGGCUCCAGCGGCGCCGCGGAGCCCGUGCCGCUGCGGAGAUGGGUCUCCGCCUCGGUCCUCGUGAUGGCGGGCAGUUUGGCCGUGGGCGUCUUCCAGUGCUGGUCCCCAGCUCUGCCAACGCAGCUCGAGGGCGUGCUGCCCAAUGGCUUGCUGAAGUGGUUCUCGGUGAUCACCUCGGUGGCCUCGCUGGUGGGCAACUUCGCAGCGCCCUUUUUGAUCGAGGCGCUGCAUCUGCAGCUGAAGCUGAAGCUGGCCCUGGUGGCGGCCUUGCUGGUGCAGGUCUUCGCCUUCACCAUGUUCGCCUGCGCCAUGCCGGACAGUCCGGUGCCCCUGGGCACCACCAGUUCCCCGGCGCCGCUCCUGGCGUGGCUGGUGCUGGCCUCGGUCGCGGAGGGCGCGAUGGCGCCGGUGGUCUACGAGCUGGCGGCAGAGCUGCUGUAUCCCUACUCCGAGGGAGUCACCGGUGCCGUGUUCAGCUGGCUCCUGAACCUUUGGGGCUUCGUGCUGCUAUGGAUCUUCCCACUGCUGCCCUCCUCCUACGACUCCCUAAUGAUGGCGGGCACCUGCGUCGUGGCGCUGCUAUCACUCGUGCUUUUGCGCGCGGAAUAUCCGCGCAGACUGCUGGACGAGGGCGCAUGCCAACGGGCAGAACUGCUGUCCCCGUACUAG